AUGAAUUCGAAACUUGCAUCAGAUUCGAACUCCAGCUCCUCGGGCUUGGGAAUGCCUCUCCACUGCACGUCGCAGCCUGAUUACGCAAAUGAGAAAGUCGUCCAGAGGAACAAGCUACCUCCGAGGUCGUACCAUCUUCCAGAGUCGUCCAUAUCCUUGAACGGCACCUGGUACUUCCAUUAUGCGGCUACACCUAGUCUUGCUCCCUCUUGGGAUGACUUUGGCAGGCGGCAGAACUUCUCCUGGCAUCGAAUUCAGGUGCCCGGUCAUUGGCAGCUCCAAGGCUUCGGCAGACCUCAGUACACCAAUAUAAUAUUCCCAAUCCCGGUUUGUCCGCCGAACGUACCGACUGACAACCCCACUGGAAGCUAUGUAAAGCAUUUCUCUGUUCCCGAAACCUGGGGGGCAAACUCUCAGAUUCGCCUUCGUUUCGAAGGAGUUGAUAGUGCCUUCCACCUCUUCGUGAAUGGUCAAGAAGUCGGCUUUUCUCAAGGUAGUAGGAACCCAGCAGAAUUUGACAUCUCCACGGUUGUCAACCGGGUGGGAAACAACCAAGUAUUGGUGCAGGUAUAUCAGUGGUCUGAUGGAUCCUACAUUGAAGACCAAGAUCAGUGGUGGCUCUCUGGUAUAUAUCGUGAUGUGUACCUACUUGCCUUUCCUGAAACUGCUCGAAUAGAUGAUUUCUUCAUCAAGACUGAACUCGACGAUACUUAUACUGACGCUCAACUUGUCGUGGAGCUUGAUCUGUCUCUGCAGGAAGCUUGCGACCUCAAGGUUACUCUUCGAUCUCCAGACAAAGAUGCCAACAUCUUCAGCGAUCAGGUAACCCUCGAAAGUCAUCACACUCAGUGGCAGAGAAAGUAUCCGGUCAAAGCACCACAGAAGUGGACUGCAGAGACGCCGAUACUUUACCUUGUCGGAUUAGAGCUAUUAUCAGAAGGAAGGCCUAUUCAAUAUAUUCAACACCGCAUUGGAUUCCGGAAAGUAGAGAUCAAGCAAGGCCUCUUGAGAGUAAACGGAAUACCCCUUCUCCUCCGUGGUGUCAACCGACAUGAACACCACCCUGACUUUGGACGCGCAGUUCCAGUAGACUUUCUCCGACAAGACUUGAUGCUCAUGAAACGACACAAUAUCAAUGCCGUGCGCUGCUCUCAUUAUCCAUCUCAGCCAGCGCUGUACUCUCUUUGCGACGAGUUAGGACUGUGGGUACUAGAUGAAGCGGACCUCGAAUGCCACGGCUUUGACGCCGCGACAGUACAGUCUCUCAACGUAUCCGAAGAAAUGGACUACGGACAGAGAAAAGCCUUGACAUUCGACAAUGCUGCGUCUUUCACCUCUGACAAUAAGAACUGGGAAUCAGCAUAUCUCGAUCGAAUGACACAACUGGUACAGAGGGACAAGAACUUCACAUGUAUCAUCAUCUGGUCUCUCGGCAAUGAAUCGUUCUACGGCCGCAAUCACAAAGCCAUGUACGAAUAUGCCAAGAGGGUCGAUCCAUCACGCCCAGUACACUACGAAGGCGAUUCCAAAGCUAUUACUGCCGACCUGUACAGCUACAUGUAUGCAUCGGUGCCGAAGUUGAUUUCCCUGGCUGAAGAAGAAGGGGUUUCGCCAGACGGAUCGUAUGAGAAACCCAUCAUCUUAUGCGAAUACGGCCACGCUAUGGGGAACGGCCCUGGUCUUCUAGAAGACUAUCAAGCCGCAUUUCGUGAGUAUGAGCGACUCCAGGGGGGCUUCAUCUGGGAAUGGGCCAAUCAUGGCCUACGGAAGGUAUCUGAUGAGGUUGACGGAAAGCAGAUUUAUGCCUAUGGUGGCGACUUUGGCGACGUCCCAAAUGACGGCACCUUCGUCAUGGAUGGGCUAUGCUACAGCGACCAUACACCCACACCUGGUCUGACAGAGCUCAAGAAGGUGAUUGCUCCCAUCAGAGCAUGGAUCGAGGGGAAUGGUGGCGAAAUCACGGUGGAAAACGGACAUAACUUUAAAGGUCUCGAGGAAUUUGCUGCACACUACGAGGUCGAAGCCUUUGCGGACAGUCGGGAGCUUCUUGCCUCCGGCGCGCUGCAGAUCCCGACGAUAAAGCCAGGAUCAACAGGCACAAUCGCACUCCCUGAGCCCAUAUCCCGGUAUCUUGCCUAUGAGAAAGCCGAAUGCUGGCUGACUAUCAGGUUCAUUCUCAAAGACAACUGUGCCUGGGCAGACGCGGGGCACGAAGUCACAUUUUUCCAACAUCAUCUCAACAACAGAAAUCCUCCCUCGGACAAACCUGUCAUACCACCGAAGCUCCAGAAUCUGAGCGUGAACAGCACUCACCAGUAUAUCAGCAUUGUAGGCCCCGAUUUCGCAGUCGCUUUUAACAAGGCUCACGGCCUGAUUCAAUCAUGGACUGUCGGCGGCACAUCUCUCCUCCAUAAACCUGAAUGGCCUGCUGCUCCUAUCCAACUAGGUUUCUGGCGUGCUCCAACCGACAACGACGCUGCAUGGCAAACGGACCAGUGGAAGCGCUGGGGUCUGGAAUCGUUGACCACGCAGCUCCGGUCUCUUGACGUGCAUUACCCGACCGGCAACGAAACGAUCAACGAAGUGCAGGUUAAAACGACAACAUACGUCGCGCCUCCGAUAUUGGCAUGGGGGUUCCACAUUGAAAGCACAUAUAAAAUUGGUCCUACCGGCACGAUCUGCAUUCAAACUCACAUCAAACCCGUGGGUUCGGCACCCGAGAAUCUCCCCCGCGCAGGCUGGGACAUACAGCUGUCGAAAGCUUUUGAACGCGCAAUGUGGUUCGGUCUCGGACCCGGGGAGUCAUAUCACGACAAGAGGUCUUCGAAGAAGAUUGGAAUUCACGAUGCGGCCAUUCCGUCGCUCCAUACACCGUACGAAGUCCCUCAAGAGAACGGAAAUCAUGUGGACACGCGAUGGGUCAAAGUCCUCAAUGGGCGCGGUUUGGGCAUCAAGGCUGCAUUAUCAGGUGCAAAACGGAGCCCUGGGACCUUCCACUUUGCCGUGUCGGAGUACUCGGCAGCCGAGUUGGAGCGCGCAAAGCACGGACCCGAGUUGGUGAAGGGCGAUGCGAUAUACCUGCGUCUUGAUGCGGACGUGUCUGGCGUGGGGACGGGGGCUUGCGGACCGGCCAUCAAGGAGCAGGAUCUGGUCCAAUGUGAAGAGAUGAAAUUCGAAGUGGUGCUUGAGCCGGUUCUCACAUUGGCAUGA